CUGGACGUUGUUUCAGCCAUGUCGUUGUAUAAUACUCUGAUCAAAAUACAAGCCAUGGUAGGUGUAACACUCUUGGCCUGUCUCACACCGCUGCUCAUUGUGUUUGCUCUAUUGGCUAAAAUGUUGUCGAAAGUGUUACGCUGUUUUUGUGAAUCACCAAAAAGUAUAAUCGGAGAAGUGGCUGUGGUAACUGGAGCGGCACAUGGCCUUGGUCGUGCAAUUGCACUGGAAUUGGCCCGAAAAGGUUGUAAAAUAGCUGCCGUUGACAUUGAUUUGACCGGUGCCGAGAAUACGGUCAAACAAAUCAUUGAAACGGUGCCUGCCAAAGCCUAUAAGGUAGACGUGGUCAAUUAUGAGGAAAUUGUCAAGUUAAAUGAACAAAUUACUAAGGAUUUGGGAUCCGUUACCAUACUAAUUAAUAAUGCUGGCCUUCUAAUGCAUCGAAAUCCUGUGAACCCGACACCAAAUGAAGUACAGCAAAUGAUAAAUGUUAAUUUGACAUCGCAUUUUUGGACCAAAAACGUCUUUUUGCCCAAAAUGAAGGAACUACGCAAAGGAUUUGUGGUCAGCAUUGCCUCUCUAGCAGGCUGGAUACCGUUGCCUUACUCCACAUCAUAUACGGCAACUAAGGCCGGAGUUUAUGGCCACAUGAAGGCUUUACGUCUGGAGCUGGCCAUUGAGAAGCAAUCGAAUAUUCGUGUGUCAACGGUCUUGCCCACAUUUCUGCAAGCCAACGAGGAAGUCGUGUCUGUGACAGAGCAACUCAACAUGGAUAGGCUAUAUCCAUUGGUCAGUUCCCAAGCAGCAGCUCGUCGCAUAGUCGAGGGCAUGCUGAGGGGUGAACGCGAGAUUGUGAUACCGGAUAUAGGGGCAUUAUUGUAUCGUUCAGUUAGUGUGUUACCUAUCGCCUGGCAGGAUUAUUUGUUGUUAUUAGUUUCUGCUAGUAGGUUUCAAGAUUUCUGCAAAUUGUAUUCCAAGUAAAGAAAUUAAUUCGUAAAUUCAGACUAUAAAAAUUUCAUUAAUUUUAGCAAACUUUAGCUUUGAGUUGUUUAAAAAAUAUCAUCAACAGAAAGUUUAUUCUUUAAUCUGUA